AGGCAGCGAAUCCCCGCCGCGCUCACGCGCGUGGUGUCUCCCCCCUUACGCACGCGCACAGCGCUCGUUAUCAAACGCGGCGCUUCUCCCCGAUCGCGCUCGGCCGAUGACAUGAGCUGCGCGUCACCGCAGGCUGUUGCUCGCGCCAAGUGCACGGCGAGGAUCUGAUGAAGGUGAGGCGCAGGUCGCUCUUUUGCUCGUUCGCCGUGUGCGCGCGCGCUCUCGACGCCCGCUCUCGACUCGCGGCAGCCUGAGGCACGAGCGCGAGCGAGACCAUGCCGUAGUGGUGCGGAGCGACUCAAAGUUUGCCGCGCGAUCAGGCGGACGCGUAGAGCUGCGAAUCUGAAACGCUUUGCACAGGAAACAACAGCGGAAAAGGAAGGAAGGAAGAAGAUGAAAUCUGCAGGAGUUGUUGAUGGAGGACUCUUCACAGAGAGCUACUGUAACAUCUGCAAUGCUCAGCUCAUUUCUGAGUCACAGCGUGUUGCUCACUAUGAGAGCAAGAAGCAUGCAAACAAAGUACGUCUGUUCUACAUGCUCCACCCAGAAGAUGGUGGUCCUCCUUCAAAAAGACUGAGACCAGACAACCCGGACAGUGCUGAGAAUGAGGUGGACAGGAACAAAUGCUGCACGCUCUGCAAUAUGUUCUUCACAUCUGCCAUCGUGGCUCAGUCACACUACCAGGGUAAAACGCAUGCAAAGAGAGUUCGCCUUGUUCUGGGAGAGCAGCCCAGCAUACCUACCCCCACAGAUUCAACUGCAAGCACCCCUCAGGCCACAGACCCACCACCACCACCUUCACCUUCAUGGCCCUCCAUGGGCAACAAUGGCGAAGCAGGCAAGUACUGCUGCCUCUGCAGUGCCUGGUUCAACAAUCCACUGAUGGCACAGCAACAUUAUGAAGGCAAAAAGCACAAAAGAAAUGCAGCAAGGGCACGGCUCCUGGAGCAACUGGCAGGCAGUCUGGAUGCCACCGAGAGCACAGGCCUGCGCAGCAGUUACUCGUGCAGCAUAUGUAAAGUGGUUCUGAACUCCAUUGAGCAGUACUAUGCACACCUCCAGGGCUCAAAACACCAAAACAAUCUCAAACAACAACAUCAGCAAUGAGAAUUAUUGCUGGACAUAUUGGAGGCGUUGCUACUGAAGCACUGAAGAUAACAGGACAUGAAUGUACCUGCAAACUUUUAUGGAGACGCACAGGCGUUAAAAGAACAACUGGGACAAAACCUCUACCUUUCACUUUCUUAAUACCUUGGAGGCUCCUCGACUGUUUUGUGCUUUAUGUUUGUAUUCUAGUUCAGUGUUAACUCAACUGUCAUGCGCUGGGAAUAAACACUGUAGGACUAAA